GUGUUAGUGGCCAUGAAACUUUCGUUCUUGUCACAAGUACUAUUGUCAUGGCCGAUAUUGACGUGACGCAAACACCCACUGUGGAAGGCGUGGACCCUAUAAUUGACGAUGGUGAUGAAUUUGAAUCCAAGGAAAUUCAGCUCAUGAAGCAACGGGUCGAAGAAAUGGAACGCGAAGCGAAAAAACUGAGGGAGUUGCAGGCAGCUGCAGAGUCAGCAAACGGAGGAUCUGCUACUGAGGCGGACCAAGGCAUUCCGAUGGAGACUGAGGAAGAAAAGUCAAUCGCCGACGGCCGGAGUGUAUUUGUUGGCAAUGUGGACUAUGGAGCAACCCCAGAAGAAAUCCAAUCGCACUUCCAGGCUUGCGGGACGAUCAAUCGUGUAACUAUUCUUUGUGACAAAUUCACCGGACACCCUAAAGGGUUCGCCUAUGUCGAAUUCGCAGAGCUUGAUCACAUAGAUGCAGCAUUAGCUAUGGACAAUUCCUUAUUCCGCGGACGAUUAAUAAAAGUAACCACAAAGCGGACUAAUGUUCCUGGGUUCAACCGGGGGAGAGGACGAGGAAGUGGGUACCGCGGUGGAUACCGAGGUGGUCACCGUGGUGGGUACGGAUACAGCCCCUAUAGAGCACGCGGCAGAACAUUCAUCAGACAUUUGUCGAGCAACACUGCGGCAUAUCCUUUCUCGAAGGCUGUCAUACUUCCGCCGCCGCCGCCAGCAGUACCUGCCGCCCAAAUGGAAGCUUUGCGCCAAGGCAAAGGCAUAAUGGCUUACUUGCAAAAAAGUCUCCCGUACCCUGCAAAGCAACAAUGGCUUGCUACAUGGUUUGCAAGAAGACAUCCGGACAGACUUCUUCCUGGGUCGGUUUUGUCCGUCACCCUCGAACAUUCACCUACUACUUUCUCUGGGGUUCUGCUGUCCAUACGACGGCGGGGCCCUGACACAUCCUUCACCCUGCGAAAUGUCAUACAGCGGACAGGCGUGGAGAUGCAGUUCUUCGUGAACUCACCGCAUGUGAAAGAUAUCAAAAUUUUGCAGAGAGCUGGCGGCGGAGGUGGCAAGGAGGGAAGACGGCAGCGGAGGGCCAAAUUAUUCUUCCUCAGAGACACGCCAGAGAAGAUGACCGCUAUCUCUGCGGGUGUGAAGGCCUGAGCAUGUAUAGUAUUCACGCCUGCAUACCAGAUUAUCGUCUGGACGAUCCGUCUACGAUUACUGCGGCAGUACCCCACGCAAAUUGCACAUCGUUGGUGAAUUUUUAGAAGGGAAAUCUGGGCGGUGGUCCGUGGAUACAGGAGGUGGCAGACGGGUUGCAUUAAUAUUGAAUUUCGUUGCAUACUCCGCUACAUUAACUUGUUCGUUCCUACCCGAGCUUCCGGUAUUUCAUCAAUGGAGUUGUUACUUGGGC